AUGUCCAGUCUCAGGACACUGUAUGCCUCUGACGGUAGCCGGCCCGAGUUCAAGACUAAUAUGAAUGUUGAUUUUGUGAUCAACUACAAGGUUCCCUCCGAUGCCCAAGCCGAGGCCGAAGCUGGCUUCACCCAGCUGAUCGAAGUCCUGACCAAAGCCGGCCUCGCCUCCGAAGUUCGAAAUGGUGUCGAUAACAACUCCGUCCUUGUCUUCGUCAAGGUCGCCUCCGACCAAUACCUCAAGUCCAAGAUCUACAAGGAGAGGGUCCAGGACUGGCUGUAUGGGGUGCGCAUCAAGGCCCCCGAGAAGGACGUGAACACUUUCUUCGAGAAGGAGCCCAUCACCGAUGCCGAGAGGCUCCGCCUGGUGUACCUCCUCCUGACUCUGCCUAAGAAUGACGGCGGUGCUGGCAUCACCCCAAAGACCGGGCAGUGGAAGUAUGUCGAGUCCGUGUUUCCGCUGCACAACCAUGAUUUCAACCGACAGUGGAUCAAGCAGUGGAGCAGCAAGUACGUCUUGAAGGAGGAGGAUAUCGAUCAGAUUCGGGACAAGUUUGGCGAGAGAAUUGCCUUCUACUUCGCCUUUCUGCAAUCUUACUUCUCCUUCUUGCUGUUCCCGGCAGCAUUUGGAUUCGGCGCCUGGCUCAUUCUUGGCCAGUACUCGGUCUUUUACGCCAUGGUCAACUCUCUCUGGUCCGUCAUCUUCUUCGAGUACUGGAAGAAGAAGGAGGUCGACCUCGCGGUGCAGUGGGGCGUCCGAGGAGUCUCGCGCAUCCAGCAUCCUCGACCGCACUACAAGUGGGAGCAUGAGGCCGCCGACCCUGUCACCGGCGAGCCUGUCAAAGUCUACUCGAAACGCAAGAGACUUCAAACCCAACUGCUCCAACUUCCAUUCGCCUUGAUUUGCACCCUUCUGCUUGGAGCCCUCUACGUCUUCUGUUUCUCGAUCGAAAUCUUUAUCGGCGAGAUUUACAACGGUCCUUUCAAGGCCUAUCUAACCUUCCUACCCACUAUUAUCCUGACGGCGUGUACUCCCACUCUGUCAACCAUCUUGGGUAACCUGGCAGAAAGGCUCACUGACGCUGAGAACUAUGAAACGCACGAUGCUCACGAGGCGGCUCUGAUCCAAAAGAUCUUCGUCGUUAAUUUCAUAACAUCGUACAUUCCACUCUUCUUAUCGGCUUUUGUCUACAUGCCUUUCGGCAACCUUCUGGUACCCUACCUCGACAUCUGGAGGGCCACUGCAGAGAAAAUUUCAGCUAGCGAGAAGGUCUCAACUCAGGGCUUCCAGAUCAACCCUGACCGGCUCAAGAAGCAGAUCAUUUACUUCACAGUUACAGCUCAAGUGGUGAACUUCGCCCUGGAGACACUGACGCCGUAUCUCAAGCGCAAGGUUUUUAAGAAGGUCAAGUCGGUUCAGACGGAGAUGGCCCAUAAGAAUGGCAAGUCAGAAGUUACACAACAGGAUGUCCCUGAGGAAGCGGCGUUCCUGGAAAGAGUUCGCAACGAGGCCGAGCUCGAUAUCUAUGAUGUAGCUGUGGACUACCGAGAGAUGGUGGUUCAGUUCGGAUAUCUCUCACUUUUCUCUGCUAUUUGGCCGCUAACACCAGUUUCAUUCCUUAUCAACAACUGGGUGGAACUCCGAGGCGACGCAAUGAAGAUCGCAGUUAGCAGUCAGCGACCUAUUCCCUGGAGAGCUGAUUCGAUCGGCCCAUGGCUCAGUGCUCUUGGCUUCCUGUCCUGGUUCGGAAGUAUAAUCAGUGCUGCCAUUGUCUUCCUCUUCAGCAAUGGACCGGAAGGACCCGGUGGUGAGCCCUGGAACAUCUCAGCAUGGGGUCUUCUUCUCAGCAUCCUGGGCGCAGAACAUCUAUAUCUAGCAGUGCAGUUUGCCGUCCGCCAUGUUCUGAACCAGCUUGAUAGCCCGGGUUUGCAAAAGGAGAGAGCGGAGCGUUUUGCGAUGAGAAGGCACACGCUCGAAGAAACCUUGGGUGAGGAUAUCACACAAAAGCCCUUGCCAGACGUCCCGACGGGCGAGAAGAUCACGCGUGAGGGUUUGGAGGAAGAAGCCAGACAGGCGUCCCUCAAGGGCCGCGGUACACCUGAGGAAGCGUUUUGGCAACGCCAGCAGGGAAUGGAUGAGACGAUCACUGUAGGACGGAAUCUGAUCGGGCGGAUGGUUGCUGCCAAUAAGACUGCAAAGGCCUAG